GCUUAGACAAGCCGUCCUACUGAUCUCCUAUACUUCAUUUUUUUCGUCACAGAUGUGGUGGGUAAGACGAGGGCUGGUAACAUAGCGAUACCAACUCCACGUCCAUCUCGCGCAGCAGAGCAUCACCUAACUCCUGGCUAAGAACUCCUCCUGCUGGCACGACGGCAGUAGGCGAUGGCGCGCAUGCUCUAUGCGCGCGCUUGCCGACCAGGGUGCUGAAGUUGGGCGGAUGGCAGAAAAUCUCUCUCUUACGAAUUAGCAGCCUUUCCCGCGCGGUAGCUCACCAACCUAAACGUCCUGCGAGGUCACCAGGCACAGAAGAAGCUGAAAUGAGAAAAAGACAGCAAUCCCAAAACGAAGGCACCUCUUCUGUGUCCCAAGCACCCAGCAACCAAAGGCCCAAUACGUGCUGCUUCUGCUGGUGUUGUUGCUGCAGCUGCUCAUGGUACGUCAUACAAUCUAUUUGGUACCAUAUCCGGCACAGCCUCACUGUUAGGAAUGAAGACAGGACAGACAAUUCAGGCCGAGUUACCCACAUGACAAAAAUGGAAAGCAGUCAAAACCUGGAAGAGUGUUCAAAGAUUACAUUGGAAGAACUCUUAUCCUGGGCUCAGAACUUUGACAAAAUGAUGAAAAGUCCAGCAGGAAGAAAUACUUUUAGAGAGUUUCUACGAACUGAGUACAGUGAAGAAAACCUUCUUUUCUGGCUGGCGUGUGAAGAGUUCAAACAUGAACAAAACAAGAAAGCUAUAGAAGAGAAGGCUAGAGUAAUAUAUGAAGAUUACAUUUCUAUCCUUUCACCAAAAGAGGUCAGCCUGGAUUCCAGAGUGCGGGAAGUGAUAAACCGGAAUUUACUGGAUCCAUCUCCUCAUAUGUAUGAAGAUGCGCAGCUUCAGAUUUACACGUUGAUGCACAGGGACUCUUUUCCAAGAUUUCUGAACUCUCAGAUUUACAAGUCUCUAGUUGAAAAUCUAUCAGGUGGUACAUCUGAUACUUAGUCUAUUUUUUAAAUGACACACUAAACAAAAAAUAUUCUUUUUUUAGACAAGUGAAGAAGCAAUUGAAUAACAUCAGAAGCUGAGUUCCUGGAGAACUACAGUUUAGCACUACUCAGGCUCUUGUGAAAAAAGUGUUAGGCAUCAUUAGCACUCUCUAUUUUUCUCUUUGCAAUUGACUAGGGAAAAAUGCUGAUUGCUCUCAGAUCUGUGUUUCUGUGACCUUUACUUAGUUAUAAACAGAGCUGCAAUGAUGCAUUCUUAAAUGAGUGAGCUAAUCCCUUGUAUUUCUCUAAGUGCAUGUGCCAGAGCAAAUGCUUGCCAUUGGCCAUUUUAACAACUCUAUCACGCAGACAAGAAGCAUUUCUCAUGCAUAUUUAUUUUGGGUUGCAUCCAUUUAAAGCAAAAUGUGCAAUACAGGUUGACAGUGACAUAACUGCCGUGCAACAAACCUAUACUUACGUUUAUCCUCAAUUGUGCUGAGUGUUUUUGGACACGUGUGUGUGUGUGUGUGUGUGUGUGUGUGUGUGUGUGUGUGUGUGUGUGUGUGCGUGUGAGUUUGUGCGUGCACAUGUUUGUGUAUAUGUGCAUGUCUCUGUGUAUAUUUGUAAACAUGUGUGACAGACACAAAAUAAAUGUAUCUAUGGCCAAUACUUAUAUGUGGGAAAUAAGAGCAAUCUGGCAGCAUUUACUAAUAUAGUUUGGGACUUGCUUUUGUAUUCAAAUGCCUGAACUGUUGCAUUUUUUGUUACAAUUUUCACUGUUAGAGAAGCACAAAUCAUGUUGUGAAAAGCAUAUGCUUGAAAAAAUGUGCAGAGGCUUUUUUAUUUAAAGAACAAAUGUAUUAUUGUAAAUUUCAUUAUCUCACAAACUAUGCCAUACUUAAUUUAAUGCAUUUGGCAUUUAGAUUCAGUCCAUGAUUUUGUAUGAAGACUGGUUGGUCAAUAUUAACGGUUAUCAUGUAAUGUUCCUGGAUAUUUUUUAGCAAAUAACUUUGAAAUGGACACCUGUCAGGUUGUUAAUUCAGCAUGUUGUAUCCUUGCUAACUUUCAGAGUAAUAUCUAAGCAAUGAGUUAUUCUGAAAGGAAUAAAAGCUGUAUAAAUAAGGAGGGGAAAUGGUUUAUGGUAGUGCAGAGAAUCACAACUUUAAAGUUUUUAUUUCUGCAUGUGUAACUCUUCACAAGAGAUGUUUGUAGUGCAACAGAAGAAUUAUGAGGCAAAAACACAUAGCAUUCAAACUCUGUGACAUCCAGAAGAAAAAGAUGGCCAAAUACUGAAAUCUCAAAAGACUCUUCACUCACACCCAGGUAUCAUUUUUCUACUUCGUUCAGAUGUUAUUUCUUAAUGACAACUUUGACUUUCAAUGUCGGACUUUCUAGGAAACAGAUAAUUAACCACCUACUGAACAAUAUGUAAGUUAACGUAUCAACAACAUGAUGGUCAACAUGAUGUAUCACCUGCUACUAUGGAACAUAGGAAGAAAAGCUUAGCAUGAAAAAUACAAAAAUAGCACUAAACUGGGUUGAAUAGCACUGUCAUUGAGAUAAGUAUUAUAUGUAGUAAAUUAUUCUGCCAUUUUGUUUAGCCUCUACCUCUCAAGUCUAGUAACUUAUUUCAUAUUUAAUGCUAAUUUAUUCUUAUUUAUACUUUGGACGUUAUCAUUACUUGAAGCUUGGCACUGUACAAAUUUUGCAUGAAACCUUAAAGAGUAAAAAAAAACAACUGUGCAUUGUUUUACAACUUUUAAGUAGGUUUUGUAAUUUAUAUAGAUUCAGGAAGCAUCACUAAAGGGCUACUCUCUGAUUCCCUAUGCAAAUAUAUUGUGCUGUAUUAUUUUAAGGGUUUGAAUAAGAUGGUCGGCAAUGUUAAAGACAACAUUUCUGUUUAAACUGAUUGCUGACUGCUGGGUCACAUACAGGACUUUUAAAGAAGUGUUAUUUAUAAAACUGUCACCACAAGACUAUUUAUAAGUUAUUUAUUGUAAUAAAUAUGUCUUGUCUGAAAUGUUAAUGCAUUAUGACAUAAUUCUUGUUUAUCGUUAAGUUGCCAUGUAAAUGAGAAAUUAGGACGCUGUGCUGAUACAGAAGUAUGAUGUUUACAACAAAUUCAAUUCAGGGUCAACAGACUAAUGAUCCCGAAUUGUUUUAGUUUUGUAGCUUUAAAGAGAUUUAUGAUAGAUUUUUUUUUCUACUGUGAUAUGUAUAUGUAAAGAAAACUGACAUUAUAAUAAUUGAAUCAUUCAAUAUGAUAUGUGAUUUAUUUUAUUAAAAGCUUGUUACCACAAUGUCUACUACUUCCAGGCUUUUAUAAACAUCUGAAUCACCUGAACGGUGUUUAAACUUGUACAAGACUGGUAUUAUAAGGCUUCUGUUUAUCUGCAUGCUCCUUAGAUGCCAGCAUUUUUAUUCUGAAAUAGACAUUUCUGCUGUGAUUUAAAUAAUAUGUUCCCUGUUACUUACAAGCAAGUUCUUCACAGUUUUGAUCACUGGAAAGAAAGAAGUAAAUGUGUAUUGAUUUACUGAGUUUUCUAGUUUGACUUAUUUUGCCUGCAGAUGUGCUGGUGGGUUUAUUAGGAUUACUCUGACUUAUUGUACUACCACACUACUUCAAACCUUUCAAGGACUCUGCUACCAGGACUAAAUCCAGAAGUCAUGCAGAUUCCUAGCUGCUUCUGGCUUUUCACAUAAUGGUGCUUUUAUGCACGUUGCUACAGAGUUUAAUGUAUCAUUUGCCAAAUAUAAAUUGCCAGAGCUAGAUUUGUGGUACUUUUUGCUCUACAUAGUUAUUGAAUUGUAAAAUAAAAUAUGUGGACUAGAAAUUCACAAAGAUUUUACAUUUUUGCAAUACCGUGUCUGGCUUAUAGUGCCAGGUUAACUGCAUAAACUUGUAGCAUAUUUUCCUUAUUCAUUCAGAUGUACUAGCAUUUUUCAUGUUUUGUAAAAGUAGAUAUCUGGUUGAAUUUAAGCUAUUUCACUCCCUCUUGUUCUUAAUUGCUUCGUCUUCCAGUGAAGUUUAAAUCAGUUAUUAUUUUUCUUUUUGUUUUGUUUUUUUUAAUCAAUAUUGGAUUCUGAUUUAAUAUCAGGGCUUAGCACAUUUAUAUAUCUGACAACUUAACGAGCUGCUCAGUGUGUGAAGCAGCAAAUCUAUAUUAAACCGAGCACUUCAAUUUAGGCAGCUAUGCCGUGUCAGUGAUAUAAACCCAAGAAUUAAAACUGCAAAGCCCUGUGAACUCAGUAUCUAAACUGUGGCUUGGAUUGUCAAAAUAUUUCUUUAGCAUGCAACAAUGUUAUCACUUUGCAUUUUAUUUAUCUCUUCACAUUAUUUAAAUAUAACUAUUUUAUUUUUACCCACUAUAUUUAUUAAAAUUGUAUGCUAAAUGUCAAAUCAAUAUUUUUAACUUUGUGUGAUCUUAGUUCUCUUACUGUUUUUAGCAGUCUAAUUUUGCCCUGUUUUUCCACCACAGAUGUUAUAUAAAAUAGGCUUGAUAAAUCUUCUAUGUUUUAUGUUAUUUUGUUAGCAAUCUAAAAUUACAAAUGUAACUUGUUUUCUGUCUUGAGAGGUGCCAAGAUUUCUUCACCUUGACAAGAAUACAUGUUACUUAAUUUAAUAUACCUAAACAGUUGUAAUUAUAUAUACAUAAAUAAAUUAUACUGUUAUGCCAAACUGUGUGACUUUAAUAUAAAUAAAAUAAUUGCAUAUUCAAGAAUA